AUGUCUGAAGAAACGGUGAAAAACGGCAAUGGCAAAGUGUCUGCCGAUGGAGAUGCUAAGCCUUCUGAGAUGACGAGUAAAGACUACUACUUUGAUUCGUAUGCCCAUUUCGGCAUUCAUGAGGAGAUGUUGAAAGAUGAAGUUCGUACAUUGACUUAUAGGAAUGCCGUCUAUCACAAUCAACAUUUGUUCAAGAACAAGGUGGUGAUGGAUGUGGGAAGUGGAACGGGGAUCUUGUCGAUGUUCGCUGCCAAAGCUGGAGCUCGCAAAGUCUUUGCCGUAAGUUCUUUUGACAAUUUUUAUAUUUAGGUAGCAGGGACGUCGUUUGGGGGGGGGGGGUGGUUUGGGGUGACUCCCCCCCCAGAGCCGAUCCGAAAAAAAAUCCACAGGUAUCUGUGAAAAGUUGUUUAUUAAAUUAUUUUUCAUAGUUUUAUUCUUUUACCAAUGAAAUUUCAGAUUGAAUUUUCGAACAUGGCAGUCCAAUCGCGUCAAAUUAUUAAAGACAACAACUUGGAUCAUAUUGUUGAAGUUAUCCAAUGCAAAGUUGAAGAUAUCAAAGAGUUGCCAGAGGGGAUCGAGAAGGUAGAUGUUAUUAUUAGCGAAUGGAUGGGAUACUGCUUGUUUUACGAGAGUAUGUUGAACACUGUUCUGUACGCCAGAGAUAGAUGGCUGGCUCCAGAUGGUGCUUUGUUUCCUGAUCGCGCCAAGUUGUUUGUCCAAGCUAUUGAAGACAGACAAUAUAAGGAUGACAAGAUCAACUGGUAAGUUUUUUAGAAGUGAUUCAUGGUGAAUGUUGUAGAGACUUUUUUAAUGGAAGUUAUUUUAAAUAAGGGGUUUCGGAUGAUUUAAAGGAUGUAAAAUUACGAUUUAGGUGGGACAAUGUCUAUGGAUUCAACAUGUCUUCAAUCAGGAAUAUUGCUAUCACUGAACCACUUGUUGAUGUUGUAGAUCCAGCUCAAACUGUCACGAAUAAUUAUUUAAUCAAGGUAAGUAUACUAUUGUUUUUUACGAGACCCAGAUAUCAUAUUUUAAUUUUUUUGUACUUUGUUAUGUUGAAUUUUACUUUGUACUAGAAUUGUUCAAUAGUUCUUCUUUUCAGGAUAUUGACUUGUACACUGUGAAAGUUGAAGACUUGUCUUUUGAAGCUGACUUCGAGCUACGUGCUUGUCGUGAUGACUACAUUCAAGCCUUGGUAUCUUUCUUUACCGUCGAGUUCACGAAGUCUCACAAACGAACCGGCUUCUCCACGAGUCCAGACUCUCGCUACACUCAUUGGAAACAGACCGUCUUCUACUUCAAGGAUUCGAUCACGAUAAAGAAAGACGAAACGGUACAUGGACACUUCAAAAUGCAACCGAACAAGCGGAAUGUCAGAGAUAUGGACUUUGAAAUCACGGUCGAAUUUGAAGGUGCCCUUUCUUCUCUGCACGAGGAGAACAAAUACUUAAUGCACUGA